GUUAUCUUAAAUGUGUCGGCGGGAAGGCGGAGGUCCUGCUGCCCUGGCAGUUAGGAGAAUGGGUGAGAGAAUGGCGGACAGCUACAGCCCAGACAGCGAGCCCACGACACGGACGCUAUUGCGCCGCGUGCUAGAUACAGCUGACUCUUGCACUCCGCAGCGACGCCGGAGUGCUCGGAUUAGUGCCCAGAGAGCCCCGAUUGAAACAUCUUCCUCCAGGAGGCGGAGUACCCAAAUAAAGGCAACUGCCAGGCGGCGUUCUCAUGGAGCCAGAUCUACUGGCAGAUUGGCUCAUGGCCAAGCCGGUGGGAAACUGGAGGAACAGACACCUCGCACUCUGCUGAAGAACAUCCUACUAACUGCCCCAGAAUCUUCUACUGUGAUGCCAGGGUCAGUGGUGAAGCCAGCACCAGCACAAGUGGUCCAGCCCUCCAGACGGGAAAGCAGUCAGGGCAGCCUAGAACUACGACUUCCUGAACUUGAGCCCCCUCCAACCCUAGCUCCAGUUCUUCUGGGCUCUGGCAGGAGGAAACAGAGGCUGAGAUUGUCAGUGUUUCAGCAAGAAGUGGACCGGGGGCCCCAGGGGCUGCCUGUCUCCCAAGAGCCUCCUGGGAAUCCUGAUGCCUCAUCCCUUACCAGCUCCCUCAACCUGACCUUUGCCACACCUCUUCAGCCACAGUCAGUGAGGAGACCUGGCUUGGCCCGCAGACCUCCCACCCGCCGCGCUAUAGAUGUGGGUGCCCUUUUGCAGGAUCUGCAAGACAAUUCCUCAGCCUCAGCUCCUCUAGAUGCUGUGUUAGAGGAUACCCAGCCUUUCUCGCAGCCCUUGGCUGGCCUCUCCCCCAGUGUGCAUCACUCCCUGCCACAUCCUCACCGUGGGUCUGAAGGUGCUGAGAGGGCUGUGCAUCACAGGACACGGAGCAGCAUGCCUGAGCUGCAGAACCACAAGCUGCAGCUUGGGCCUCCUGAUCCUCCAGUGGUAACAGAAGCAGAAGGAUCCCAGAGGGCUGUGGAGCUUAAGGAGGCAGAAGGAUCUCCAGGGGAUGAGGACAUCUCUGAUAGGCCAGGUAAAAGGCCAAGUGUGGAGAGAACCCAGAGGGCUGUGGAGCCUGAGGAGCCAGAAGGAUCUUCAGAGGAUGAGGACAUCUCUGACAGGCCAGCAAGCCCAGAGUUGGCCUCCAACGUCCCUGAGUUUCUUCAGGACAAACAACUGGAUCGGUUUCUUGAGCCAGCCCUACCGCCUGGUGUUGCAGUCUUGUCUUCAGAGCCUCCAGAGCCUGUGUUGGCCAGACUUCCCUCCAGGCCCCGAACUGGUCCCAGACCCCGUCAAGAUCCCCAUAAGGCUGGACUGAGCCACUAUACAAAACUCUUCAGCUUCUUUGCUAAGAUGCCUAUGGAGAGGAAGGCUCUUGAGAUGGUGGAGAAGUGCCUGGAUAAGUAUUUGCAGCACCUUUGCAAUGACCUGGAAGUAUUUGCUGCUCAUGCUGGCCGCAAGACUGUGAAGCCAGAGGACCUAGAGCUGCUGAUGCGACGGCAGGGCCUGGUCACUGACCAAGUCUCACUGCACGUGCUUGUGGAGCGGCACCUGCCCCUGGAGUACCGGCAGCUGCUCAUCCCCUGUGCAUUCAGUGGCAAUUCUGUCUUCCCUGCCCAGUAGUGGCCAGGCCUUGAUGCCUGCCUUUCCCCCACGUGGGACUUCUGAGCCCCACCUAAUCCUUUCAGUUCUCCACCUCAUCUCCUCCCACCAAUAAAGUGUCACAAACAGAA